UUCAAUGGCAUGUGUCAAAAACCGGAACCAACAUGCAAAUGUCAACUAGCUGAGUGAUUUCUUUUCGUUCUAAAUUUUUUAAACGAAAGUUGUGUUUUUUCUUGUGCUGUACACGUUUCGUGUCAAUAACAAAGGCUUAAAAAAUGCGUUACGUGGCUGCAUACAUGUUGGCUGUUCUCGGCGGUUUGGAAAACCCCAAAAAUGCUGAUAUCGAAAAGAUCCUCAGCUCUGUUGGUAUUGAAGCUGACAGUGAACGCUUGACCAAGGUUGUCAGCGAAUUGAAUGGCAAAUCCGUAGAACAAUUGAUCGCCGCCGGUCGCGAGAAAUUGUCCUCCAUGCCUGUUGGUGGUGGUGUUGCCGCUGCUGCUGCUCCAGCUGCUGGUGCCGCUGAAGCAGGUGGCAAGAAGGAAGAGGCCAAGAAAGAAGAAAAGAAGGAGGAAUCCGAAUCUGAAGAUGACGAUAUGGGCUUUGCUCUUUUCGAUUAAAUUCGUUGUACUAGUAGCCAACCACAACUUGAACCAUAUGACAACAAAAACAACAUCAACUGCAUCUAUGGUCAUUAGCGUGCAAAAACUUGUCGAG